AUGCACCUCCUUGGCCCCUCGCUGGUCCUGCUCCUGGAGUAUGUGGCUUUCUGCGACGCGAGCCAAUGGAAGGUCGAGACCCCGCCCACCCUCUACGCCUGGGAGGGGGCCUGCGUCAAGAUCCCCUGCAGCUACACGCCCCCCGGGAGUGGAGAGUCGCUGAGCAACCUGACCGUGUAUCACAAUUACUCAUACGACAAAGCCAAGAAGGACUUCGUGGGGACCAGUCUAUACGAGGGGACCGCCCUCCCCGCCAGCACAAGGAGCAGCACCCCCGGGAAGCUUACCCCUUGUAAGGACAGGGUGUGGUUUCUGGGCAACACUGGCAACGACUGCACCCUGCUCAUCAAACCUGUGAAGCUCCAGGACUCCGGGACCCUGGGGCUGAGGAUGGUAACGGCCAGGUACAAGUGGAUGCAGGCGCUGAACCUCACGGUCUCCGAAAGAGCGUUUCCACCUCACAUCCAGCUUCCUCCAGAAAUCCGAGAACUCCAGGAGGUCACGCUCACCUGUUCCCUGAAUUUCUCUUGCUCUGACUACCCAAUCCAACUGCAGUGGUCCCUACAGGGGACUGAGAUCACCUCGACCACUCUGGACACCAAGCGCAGGCCCGCAGUGGUCACGACGACCUCCCUGGACACCAAGCGCGUGUCCACCCAGAGCAAACUCACGCUUCAGGCCCAGUGGCAUUACCAUGGCAGCAACCUGACCUGCAGGAUCCGGGACCCGGCGGGACAGCCGCUCUCGGAGAAGACAGUGCAGCUGGACGUGAAGCACAAACCAAAGCUGAAGAUCAAGGUCAGUCCCCCAGAUGCCAUUGUGACCGAGGGGCAGUCAGUGACCAUGACAUGCGAGGUCAUCAGCAGCAACCCAGAGCACCAGACCCCAUCCUGGCUCAAGGACGGGGAGCUCCUGCCGCAGCAGGGGUUCACUCUCACGUUGUCCGCAGUGACCAGGGACGUGAGUGGGCAGUACCAGUGCCAGGCCCGUAAUUAUUUAGGCCCAGGAAAGUCAGAGGACGUGAACCUGCAGGUGCACUAUGCACCCAAGUUGGUAACGUUGCAGAUUAAAGGCCCCACACAGAUUCGAGAAGGAGCCAACGUGACCCUGUCCUGUCACUACAACUCCAGCAACCCUGAAGUUAAGCAUUUUCAGUGGAAACUCGGGUCUUCCCGAGUUCCUGAGGUGAUGCACCCUCAGGUGGUGACAAUGCAGAACGUGGCCUGGAACACCGGGCCGGUGGCCUGUGCCGCCUGUAACCAGUGGUGCUCAUGGGCAGCCUCCGUGGACCUCGACGUCCAGUAUGCCCCCAGGAAUGUCGUGGUACAGAGCAACUCCAAGUCGGAGACUCACUCCGGACAGCAGGUCACCCUGACCUGUGCCUUCUCAAGUAGCCACCCCAGAGAUGUCCACUUCUUCUGGAAGAAAAACGGGGUCCUUCUGGAGGAAGGAAGGAAACAACUGAACUUAGGCGCCGUCACCCCAGAAGAUGCUGGGAGUUACCACUGCCUGGUUAACAACUCCAUAGGGCAGACCCUGUCCCAGGCCUGGAAGCUCCAAGUGCUGUAUGCGCCCCGGAGGCUGCGUGUGGCCAUCAGCCCGCAGGACGGCGUGGUCGAGGGGAAGAAGGCCACACUGACGUGUGAGGGCGACGCCAACCCGCCAGUCUCCUACUAUGCCUGGUUUGACUGGAACAACCAGGACCUCCACCAUUUUCACCAGACGCUGACCCUGGAGCCCGUCAACAUCCAGCACGCGGGGGCCUACUGGUGCCAGGGCACCAACAGGCUGGGCCAGGGCCAGUCGCCCCCCAGCACACUGACUGUCUACUAUGGCCCGGAGACCAUCGGCAGACGCACGAUCAUGGGGGUGGGGCUCAGUGUGCUGGUCGCCCUCCUGGUCACACUGGGGGUGAAGCUGCAGAGAAGGCGCAAGAGGAUGCAGAGUCAGCAGGGGCUUCAGGAAAGUUCCAGCGGGCAGAGCUUCUUUGUGAGGAAUAAGAAGAUUAGAAGGGCCCCCGGCGACGACGGCCCCCACUGCCUGGGCUGCUACAACCCGGUCAUGGAAGACUCCAUCAGCUACGCUAUGCUGCGCUUUCCCGACACGCCAAGGAUGGGAAACGCAGGGGCCUCGGAGGACACAGUCACGUACUCGGUGGUGCAGAAGCCCCCAAGGGCAAAAGGAGAAGGCGACUAUGAGAACGUGACUCCAGAUGUUCCAGAAGAGGAGGGGGUCCAUUACUCGGAACUGGUUCAUCUCCGCACCGGGGAGCGGGCCCCGGCCCAGGACAGCGUGGAGUACGUGACCCUCAAGCACUGAUGACAAA